GAGAAUCGUUCUAACCGUUUAUAUAUAAGUAAGUACGUCGGGCUAUCUAAACGCAGUUCAAACUUUGUCAGGUAAAAUUUUUCAUUUUUAAAAGCCCGUCGAUUUAAUGCAGCUUCCGAUUUUUUAAUUCCACUCACAAUGUGCUUGGAGUCCACGUGUGCUAGAUAAAAAACCGAGUGAUUGAUAAUUUUAUGUAAUUAACAAUGGAAUCGUUAACGACUAGUUAUUAUUUUUUAAAUAUUAUUUUUAACUUUCAAAAGCGGUAAUUAUGAGGAAAAAAUGUUAAGUUUAUUCUUUCGCUAAAUAAAAACUUUUGUUAAUAGUUUAAAAAGUUAAACAUUGACGUUUUUGAGUGUCACUACUGGCUGCUGAUUACAAAGCUCGUCAGAAUUUGCACGGUUGUAAAGAUCAUGGCUGACGUAUAAUUUACUAUUUCUCCUUGUGGUAAAUCACUACUUUAUUUUAUAAAAGCGAUGCUUUAAAUUAACCCAUGUAAACAAUUGGCUGAGAAGAUAAACAAAAUAAGUAGCAGAAAUUGAGACAAGUUUUUUUAUGUUGGAGGAGUUAUAUUUAAAUAAGUAAUUUGUCAAGAUGAGAAACGGAAAAAAAAUGUACGAAAUAAACGAGAAACCUUUGAACGGAUACGUCAAUCCGGUUAUGAACAACUCUCAAGAAAAUUUGGAUAUUAAUAAACGCAACUCUUAUGAACUUCAGAAUUCUGUUUGUGAACGACGAACUGAUUUGCAGUCCUCAUAUGAUUUAAUUUUGAUGGAAGAGCCAGGAGAUGAUAGGACCAAACGAAAGGACAAUGUAUUAAAGUCCGUUUGCGAGUAUACGGCGCGGCGGGCUAAAAAGUUGUGUACCAAAAAAAUGCUCUUCAGACGGCUGCCUAUUUUAGGCUGGUUGCCAAAGUACAAUGGAGAUGACGCAUUGGGUGAUAUUGUCGCUGGCAUAACUGUCGGGUUGACGGUCAUUCCACAGUCACUUGCAUACUCCAAUGUUGCUGGAUUACCUCCACAAUAUGGAUUAUAUGGAAGUUUUCUGGGAGCAUUUAUUUACAUAUUUUUCGGAUCUUGCAAAGAGGUACCAUUUGGACCCAGUGCGAUAGUAUCUUUGUUAACUUAUCAAACCGUAGCCCAUUUAAACGCUCCUGUCGAGCACGCAAUCCUUCUCUGCUGUCUUUGUGGGAUUAUACAGCUAUUCAUGGGAAUUUUCGGCCUAGGAUUUCUCAUCGACUUUGUGUCUGGACCAGUGAGCUCUGGUUUCACAUCAGCAGUCGCUUUGAUAAUUGUCACGUCUCAAAUUAAAGAUAUCCUAGGAAUCCCAGCAAAGGGAGCGACAUUCGUCAGCCUUUGGAAAGGCAUUGCUGAAGGGAUUCAUCAAACUUCUCAGUAUGACGCUAUUCUCGGAGUUUCUUGCAUCAUUGUCCUCCUUUUCUUAAGGCAUGUAGCUACAAUUCAAAUCGGCCCGGCUAACGAAAAUUCGCAAACAACGAAGCAUCGAGUGAUGAAUAAACUUAUUUGGCUGACCGGAACAUCAAGAAAUGCAAUAUUGGUGAUCGUUUGCGGGAUAAUAGGCUAUUACUUUGCCUCUCAGCCGCCUUUUAAACUAAUAGGAAGUUUGCCUGGAGGAAUGCCGUCUGUUGAAUUUCCGCCCUUUGGGUUCACAAAAGACAACACGACAGUGUCAUUUGUCGAAAUGUGUUCAAAUUUGGGCAGCGGGCUUAUUGUUCUGCCACUGAUUUCUUUGAUGGAAGUCGUCGCAGUUUGCAAAGCGUUCAGUAAUGGAAAAUCUGUAGAUGCUACACAAGAAUUAAUAGCCAUUGGAUUAGCAAAUCUCGGGUGUUCUUUCGUUCAGUCAUUUCCUGGAACUGGUUCACUCAGCAGAAGUGCUGUUAAUAACGCUUCUGGUGUUCGAACUCCACUCGGCGGACUUUACACUGGAAUACUAGUCGUGUUAGCGCUCCUUUUUCUCACACCUUACUUUUACUUCAUACCAAAAGCAUGCUUAGCGGCAAUAAUUAUAUCAGCGGUAAUUUUUAUGGUCGAAGUCAAGGUGAUAAAACCAAUGUGGAGAACCAAGAAAUCUGACUUAAUACCAGGGAUAGCAACUUUCAUUGCAUGCUUGGUAUUGCAAUUGGAAAUAGGAAUUCUCGUUGGAAUCGGGUUGAAUAUACUCUUUAUUCUUCAUCACGCAGCAAGACCAAAAAUUUCGCUGGAAAAACUUCGGAGCUGCUGUGGCGUGGAGUAUCUCAUGUUGACGCCAGAUCGUUGCCUGAUAUUCCCAUCAGUGGAUUACGUGAGAAACCUCGUGACCAAGUACAGCCAUUGUGCUGGUAAUUCAAUGACACCGGUAGUUAUCGACUGCUCUCAUAUUUACGGUGCCGAUUUCUCGGCCGCAAAAGUCGUUGAAAGCCUUUCGAGGGACUUUGCCGCACGCAAGCAGCCGCUUUUCUUCUACAAUCUUAAGCCCUCUGUUCACGCCGUUUUUGAGGGCAUUGAACCCACCGAUUUUGUUGUUUACUACACUCAGGAAGCUCUUGACGAUUUAUUAAAGGCCCGGGGGUACUUUAAAGAAAAACCGAACUCUUCGGUACCGUAAAUUUAAAGAAUGUUGAUCAUUGUAUGUACGUAUGGAUGUAUUUAUUUUUUUUUUUUACUUUUAAUUGUUAUUAAUUCUUAUAUAGAUAGAAAAUAGGAAAUUUAUAUUUUAUAAGAAGCAUUUAUCCAAUUAUUUAAAUUGGAAAAUAUUUUUAUAGUGAAAUCAGUAUUCUGAGUGGAAAGUAAAAGCCUCAAUUAUUGAUAUUGAUAUU